CUCUGUCUCCUUCGUCUUUUCGUUUUGCGAGCUCUCGUUCCCCCGGCGUGGAGUUAGAGCUCUGGAACACCCCGACCAUGGAGAUCAAUCUCGGGAAGCUCCCCUUCGAUCUCGAUUUCCACCCUUCGUCCCCUCUCGUCGCCGCGGCUCUCAUCAAUGGCGAUCUCCACUUGUAUCGCUAUGCGGCCGAUGCGCAACCCGAGAGGUUGUUGGCGAUUCGUGCUCAUGACGAAUCAUGUAGAGCUGUUAGGUUUGUGGAUUCGGGACGCGUAAUUUUAACGGCAUCGCCGGAUUGUUCAAUUCUCGCGACGGACGUCGAGACGGGGACUACCAUUGCCCGCUUGGAGGAUGCUCACGGGGAUGCGAUAAAUCGCCUAGUUAAUUUGACGGAGACGAUGGUAGCAUCCGGUGAUGAUGAAGGGUGUAUAAAGGUUUGGGACACACGACAACGUGUCUGCUGUAAUUCCUUUCAGGCUAAUGAAGAUUAUAUUUCCGACAUGACAUUUGCUGCUGAUACCACACAACUUCUGGCGACAAGUGGGGAUGGGUCUCUAUCAGUUUGCAAUCUUCGUAAAAGCAAAGUACAAAGCCGGUCUGAAUUUUCUGAAGAUGAGUUAUUAUCACUGGUUAUAGUGAAGAAUGGUCGAAAAGUUAUAUGUGGAACUCAGACUGGUGCUUUGUUGCUAUAUUCCUGGGGCCACUUUAAGGAUUGCAGUGACCGUUUCCUUGGGCACCCGAUGUCAGUUGAUACUUUAUUGAAGCUUGAUGAAGAUACUAUAAUAUCUGGAUCAGAGGAUGGAGUCAUCCGGUUGGUUGGUAUUUUGCCAAAUAGAAUUAUCCAACCUCUCGCCGAGCACUCAGAAUACCCAAUAGAACGGCUUGAUUUCUCACAUGAUAGAAAAUUUCUUGCUAGCAUUUCACAUGACCAAAUGAUGAAGCUUUGGGAUUUGCAAGAGCUCUUGGAUGGCAAUCAAAUGACCCAAGAUGGUCUUCCGGAUGAAGCCGAUAGUGAUGAUGAUGAGAUGGAUGUAGACUUUAAACCCGCCGAGUCAUCAAAAAAGUCAAAGAGAAAGAGGCAAGGCAAGAGUCGAUCAAGUACUUCAGUAUCCGACUUCUUUGCAGACUUGUAGCAGAAUGCGAAUCCACAAGGGUGCGUUAACGUCGUCUUCAAACUAUGCAUGAGAUGCUCAUUAAAAAGAAAUAUCCACUUGAAAUCAAGAGCGCCUGUUUUUUGUGUCGUAUUCAUUGUGAUUGAAGCAAAAUUUGUUAGAGAAGUUUUCAAAAAAUAGAUUUUCAUAUCCAUAUGGGGCUAAAAUUUUACCUACCUUCUGUUUUUUUCUUUUUUGUUCUGCUUUGAGAACAUACUGUAAAAGUGCACCAUAAAUAGUCUUGUUGCAAUCCGUUGCUCCUCUCUC